CGACAACAACCUUGCCUUCCUUUCGGAGCUUGACAGCGCGCAUCGCAACCACCCGCUGUUGCGCUACGCAGUGAAAAUAAAGGCAGAAGUCGGCCUCCAGCUUUUGCUGUGCUUGCUUGGCCUCGAAUCAGGAUGUCGGCGCCUCCUUCUCAGCCACCGCUGCCCCAGGGUUGGACGCAGCAUGUGGGCCCACAAGGACAGAUCUACUACUGGCACAAAGAGACGAAGACCAGCACAUAUAAGCGUCCCGGGGCGCCUCCGCCCGCAUCAGAAAAUCAAGCAAUAGUGCCUCGCGCAACGCCUGCUAUCCUAUCUGCAGCGACUGCAACGACUCCCCCAACUGGGGUCAUCUACAUCGGCCCACCCCCCGGCUUUCAUGCUGGAAAUGGUGUCGUCAGAGUGCCAGCAUCAAAUCAAGCACAUCUUCAGGCACAAGCUGGACCGUCUCAAAAAAAGGAAAAGCCGAAACACAAGGCUGGAAUCCCCGGGGCGGAAGGCUGGCUGCGCAUCACAACAAAUCUCGGUAACGUGUUCUACACGCACAUCGCAUCUAAGCACAGCGAAUGGACUGUGCCUGCGGAUAUCAAAGAUGCUGUACGGUCUUUGGAGAGGAGUGAGAGGGAAGCGCGGGCUGCAAGUGAAAAGCAAGCGAGAGAAGAGGCGGAGCGGCAAGCGAAAGAUGUAAGGGACAAGCAGCGAGAGGAGACGAAGAGGAGCAAGGAAGAUGCAGAACUUCAAGCAAAAGAGGAGGCAGAACGAAUAGAGCGCGAGUACCGCGAGGCUGUCAAAAAGGAAAUGCUAGCCGCUGCGGAGCAAAGUGCAUCCGAAAGAAAACGGAAUCGAGAGGAUCGCGCGGCUGACGAUGACGCAGGCAGCCCAGAUGGCAAAAAGCCGCGUAUUCAGGGGGGUGAUGAGAUGGACGAGGAUGAAGAUGAGGAUAGAGAGGAAGACGAAGAGGCUUGGCAGCGACGGAUUGCAGCAGAGAUGGCAGCAGAGAUUACAUUCGGCACAGCGCUUCCCAAGUCGGAAGCAGCAGCCCCGUCAAAUUCGAAAUCGGUAGCACCACAGUCGCCCCCCGACGAAGGGUCCACCCUCACCAAGCCCUCUGCACUCACACUCCUCAACUCCCUGUUGACGUCUUCGAAUGGAUCAACAGCAGAAGUCGAUCCCAUGGCUCCAUUUGAGCUUGAGCUGCCCAAAUUCAGCGCACAUCCUGAUUACGCCGUCAUCUCAAGGAGUCUGCCUGAGGGAGAGAGGGAAGACGCUUUCAAUGAAUGGUGCAAACACAGGAUCAAAGAGAAAAGGGCGGAGCGGGCAGCCACCAAGGCGAGCGCCAGUGUGGUCAAGCACAGCGCUGCACCGCUAGCAGCUCCUGAGGCCUCAAGCGCCACCUCAGCGGAACAAACUUCAUCCGAGGCCCGGCCCUCCCUCGACGCCAAAUCUGCGUACGAGCAGCUUCUCACAUCCGAAGUAACGUCGACGCGUACAAAAUGGGAAGCCUUUCGCAAGUCCUUCAAGAAGGACCGCCGUUUCUUUGCUUUCGGCAGAGAUGACCGUGAGCGUGAAAAGAUAUUCAAGACGCAUCUGCGAGAAUUAGGAGAGGUCAAGCGGCGGAAAGCCGAGCAAGCAGAUCGCGACUUUGUCUGCCUUUUAGGGGAGAAGGUGGACAGCAAGCUAAAGGAAAAUGCUUCUGCGAUUCUUCAGGAGGCGACUGAUAAAAAGAUGAAGACGGACGCAGCAAGCGAGUGGUGGAGCAAGGGAAAAAAGACACCCGGGUUGGAUACCGACCCGCGGUACGAUGCUGUUGGAAGCAGCAGUCGCCGCGCCGAGCUCUGGCGUCUCUGGCUGCUAGGCGAAGCUCCAGUCGAUGCCUCUGCUUCACCCGCACCUGAUGAAGCUAAUAGCAACGGUGUCGGCGGCUCUGCAUCGGCCGCCACUGCGACUACCACCGCCGCCGCCGUAACGUCUUCCAAAGCGAAGGACACAUCGCAGGCCCUGAAAGAGCGAGAAGAAAAGGUUCGCGCUGAAAAAGCAAAGCUGGCAUCACAAGCGAAGCGUGCACUUAGCUCUGCGGCCCGGGAAGAGUCGCUCAUGCACUUCAACCAGCUUCUCAUCGACGUUGUUCGAAAUCCUCUCGCCGACUUUCGCUCGACACUGCCGAGAUUGCACGAGGACGCGCGAUUUGAAGCGCCAGGACUUAGCGGUAUGCGAGAGAAAGAGCAGCUGUUCGAGCGUCACAUCACGUCUCUAGCGGAAAAGCGGAGACAGAGCGUGUACAAGGUCUUUGAAAAGGCUGCGCCUACCUUGGACGUCGGGCCCGUCGAGGCGAUCCCGCUCGUCCUCAACGAUUCGGAGACGGAAAGGCUCAAUCUUCUAGACUUUGUUCAAGGCGAGGCCGAGCGAUACUCUCGACGGCCUGUCGACGCGCGAGAUGCGAUGGAAGACGAAUUUGAGAUGUGGAAGAGCAAACGCGAGAAAGACGCCCGAUCUGCAUUCAACGAGAUGCUGCGCGAGAACACCUUUGUCGAAUUCUGGGGGCGACUGCGCCAGGCCAAGAACGCACAAGAGGCCACCGAUGUCGGUCACAAGGCUGAAGCCGAUGCUGCUGCGGUCGCAGGCGGCGAUGAGGAUGAGGAGUUGGAGAAGGACGUGAUCGACAUGGUGGCCAGUUUCGACCUCGAUGAGGUCCAUGCUGUCCUGAAGGGCGAUGCGCGGUACAAAGCCUUCGCACACAAGCCAGAGCAGCGUGAGGAGUGGAUCAGGGAGCAUCUCUCAAAUCUCCGCGCGGCCAAGCAGACAGUGCAUCAGAAGAAUCUGUAAAGUUCGCAGCAAUA